AUUUUAUUUGCGAAACAUUUCAAUGUUCUUGGUGUAAUUAUAUUUUAAAAUAUCAGUUGUGAUGAAUACAAAGAUGAGAUAUAAUAUACCUAUUGCCACUCUGUUCGCUCUAAUGAUGUUGGCUGUAACACUUUGGACUAUUGCACGAGAGACACGUCCUACCAUUACACGGAAUUCGCUAAGGGAAAGUACCUCAAAGGAUGCUGAAAAUUCAAGAGUAAAUUACAGGUUGAAAAAACAACGAGAUGAGUUGUCUAGCCUCUUAAAUGAAAUGAAACAACUGUACGGCCAACAAAGCUGUAAAAUGUUGAAAUUAGAAAAUAAGUUCUCCGAAGUCUCAGCCAAUGGUGGAUGGUGUUCUGAGACAAGUGGACCUAACAGUACAUCUCAUGUCACUGACAGGAAUUUCUCUAUCGCAUUAAGUAGAUUUCUGACUUCAAAGUCUGUGGUCAGCUUUGGAGACGGGCCAGGCAAAUACAAACAGCUACUAGAUUCAUUCAGUGAGGUGAAAAAUUAUACAGCCUAUGACGGUGCCCCUUUCUGUGAGGCAGUGACUGAUGGAGUAGUGAAAUUCUUGGACCUGACUGCCCCACAGUAUGGCCUUCCUAUAUUUGACUGGGCCAUAAGUAUUGAAGUGGCAGAGCAUAUCCCGGCAAAGUUUGAAGAGAUUUUUCUGGACAAUCUAGUCAGACAUGCACGUGAAGGAAUCAUUCUCAGCUGGGCUGUGCCAGGCCAAGGGGGAUUAUCUCACGUUAAUAACAAAGCCUUAGCAAAUGUCAUCAAAGAAAUGUCUAAAAGAGGUUUCCAUAUCAACGUCCCAGCUGGCGAGCCACUCAGAAAAGCUGCAACUCAUUACUGGCUUCAAAACAAUGUUCAUGUUUAUUACAGAACUUCGAAAUAUACUUUAAUAGAGCUUGAUGCUUGAGUUCAUUUGAAAAAAAGCCUGUUUUUUUUUGGACAACUUGUUCAGUG